CUCCCUCCUCGUCUCUCCUCUUCUGCACCCCAAAAGAGUAGAUCUGCCCCGCUUCCCCAUCAUCACGUCCAUCAUGUCACCGCUUUCCAAGAUCUCUGCCUUGCACACGCACUGCGAACUCCUCACUUAGAAGCCAAUUCAAUCGGCCCUUCUCCAUCCAGCUCCGCGAGGUAUUGGCGAACAUUUGGGCCUUUUGAUGGCCCAGGGUCUCCCAGUCAUGAACAUCAUUAGCCUCAACCAUGCCGACUCAGUAGCCUCAUGAAGGAAUUGACCAAUCGAACUCCUGCCGUCACCAGCCAUUGAACACCGUCAUUCAGGCGACAGAAAAUGGCAGCUCGGAGCGGCAUCUCAUUUCCGAUGGCAAGCUUAACAAGCUUGAUUCUCGCAGGCCAUAUAUAACUAAAACCAGGACCAAACAAACUUUCAACCUCGUCUAAGCUUCGAGCCCUCAUCAUGGUGUCUUUCAAUACACAGCAAUUGGCACGAGCCACGCUGAUUUCCGCGGCGUUGUUCCAAUCCGCUACAGCUGUUGCAAACAUCACAGAAGACAGCUACUUCUAUGGCCAAUCUCCACCUGUGUACCCAUCACCUCCUCAGCCAGGAAGCGCAUCAUGGGCCACAGCAUAUGCCAAAGCCGUAGCCUUGGUAUCGCAGAUGACCUUGGAAGAGAAGGCCAAUAUCACAGUCGGCUACACCCCAAUGACAGGUUGCUCCGGUGAGACUGGCUCAGUACCAAGACUCAACUGGCCAGGAGUCUGCUUGUCAGAUGCUGGAAAUGGUUUGCGUGCUACCGACUUUGUGAAUGGUUGGCCCAGUGGAGUUCAUGUUGGUGCCGCAUGGAAUCGCAACUUGGCAUACCAGAGGGCCCUGCACAUGGGAGGAGAGUUCAAGAAAAAGGGCGUUAAUGUUGCCCUUGGUCCAGUCGUUGGACCUCUUGGGCGGGUAGCGGAAGGUGGAAGAAAUUGGGAAGGUAUCAGCAAUGACCCAUAUCUCUGUGGAGCACUUGCGGCUGAGUCGGUCUCGGGGAUCCAGACUGCAGGCGUAAUGACUUCUGUAAAGCACUAUAUUGGUAAUGAGCAAGAGACGAACAGGGUUCCAGAUGGAGACGUAGCUGCUGUGUCAUCCAAUAUUGACGACAAGACCCUGCACGAGCUCUAUCUUUGGCCUUUCACAGAUGCUGUCCAUGCAGGAACUGGUAGCAUCAUGUGCUCAUACAAUCGAAUAAACAAUUCCUAUGCAUGUCAGAACAGUAAGACACUGAAUGGCAUCCUAAAGACAGAGCUGGGCUUCGAGGGCUUUGUGGUCAGCGAUUGGGGUGCUCAGCACACUGGUCUCGAUUCAGCACUUGCCGGUCUGGACGUCGUGAUGCCUGAGUCUACUUAUUGGGGUGUAAAUGGAGGAAAUCUGACGAUUGCUGUGAACAAUGGAAGUCUAACUGAGGCUCGUGUGACUGACAUGGCAACUCGUCUCAUCUCUGCUUGGUACCAGAUGGGACAAGAUGUCGAUUUCCCAGAAAAAGGCAUUGGGAUGGCACUCGACUACAGUACCCCACAUACGCCGAUCUAUGCCAGAGAUCCAUCAUCACAGACCGUGCUCCUCAAUGGUGCGCUGGAGGGCCAUGUCCUUGUCAAGAACACCAAUUCUGCCCUUCCCCUCAAAUCACCAAAGCUCCUCUCUAUCUUUGGCUAUGAUGCUGUGGCGCCUAACAAAAUGGAUGUUCCAAGCCCUUCGGACGUUAUCGCUACGUGGACAUUCGGCUUCGAAUCCUUGUUGACUUACGUCCCGUUCAUCAGCACCACGGCGCCACCUCAAAUCGCCAUUAAUGGUACCAUCAUCAGUGGAGGAGGAAGUGGUGCAAAUGCCCCUGCUUACAUCUCUGCACCCUUUGAUGCAAUCAAAGAGCAAGCGUACUUGGAUGGAACUUCCCUCUUCUGGGACUUUUACGACAACGACCCUGCAAUAGAUACUUCCUCAGACGCUUGCCUCGUAUUCAUCAAUGCAUUUGCCACCGAAGGAAGCGAUAGAAUUGGACUCCAUGAUGACUAUUCCGACGCCUUGAUCCAAAAUGUAGCAGCAAACUGCAGCAACACAAUCGUAACAAUUCACAACGCCGGUGUCCGCCUCGUUGAUCAAUGGAUCGACCAUCCCAACAUCACAGCGGUCAUCUUUGCCCAUCUUCCAGGUCAAGACUCUGGCCGAGCGCUCGUCCAGCUUUUGUACGGAUACCAAUCUUUCUCUGGGAAGCUGCCAUACACCGUUGCCAAGAACGAGAGCGAUUACGUGAAUGCUGGCGAGCCUAUACUUCCAGAGGGAGAAUUCCAACUUUUCCCACAAGACAACUUCACCGAGGGUGUGUACAUUGAUUACCGGGGUUUCGACCAGAAGAACGUGACUCCUCGAUACGAGUUUGGCUUCGGUUUGACGUACACAACGUUCGAGUACUCGGAGUUGACGAUUGAGAAACUGGCUGGUGUGUCGACAUCAUAUCUUCCGCCGCCCGCAGACGUUAUCGAAGGUGGAAUCGCCUCGUUGUGGGAUGUCGUCGCGCAAGUUACCGCGACUAUCACCAACACGGGAAGUGUUGACGCUGCUGAGAUUGCUCAGUUGUAUGUUGGGAUACCGGGAGGACCUGUGAGGCAGUUGAGAGGAUUCAGCAAGGUUGAUAUCCCAGUUGGGUCGAACGUGACUGUUGAGUUUGAUCUCCUGAGAAGGGAUUUGAGUGAAUGGGGUGUGACUGAACAGAGUUGGGUGUUGCAAAGUGGUAGCUAUCCGAUUUAUGUUGGGGCUAGUAGUCGGGAUCUGCCGUUGGUAGGGACAUUGACGAUUUGAGGAUGUAAUGUCAUAGAUUACUAGAAUGAUAAUCAUGAAGUGAUGGUCCGUUUUCUCGUCCAGUUCUCUUGCACCCUGUGAUUGUUUAGGAGCUUCAUGGAGUCAAGGACAGGGGAAAAGCUAACAGUAAACUAAGUAAGCGCGAAGGCUAGAAAGAUAGAAGAAUUGAACACAAAGGUCAAGCUUUGAAAAGCAAAAGCAAAUCAAGGCCAAAAAC